GAGGCACAGACGUAAAAAGUGGUAGAAGGAGCCACCAGCUUCUCCGCAUACGAGACUUCCGGGUUUCAGUGGGAGCCUACGCCAGGGCCCGUGGCCAUCCGAGGACGGCAGGCUCACGUCUGUGCGCACCUGUGCAGCACCGACCAAGGCUGCCGCCCUAAGCGGGAGUUCCUUCCUUCUUACGUGCCAUCAAGGCCUCUGGCGGGUGGCGACCCUUGCACAGGAAUGCCCUCCAGAACAUAGAAACAGAGCGAGUCGGAAGGGGCUGCCAGUUGAAAUGUGGGCAGGAUUCAAAGUGCUGUAUUAACAAAAAAAAGCUCUACCAGCCUCCCCCACCUGGUGGCCUUCAAAGGUUGAGAUUCAUGCUGUGGGGGCCACUGUGUGUCCUUUGUGCUGCGGGGAAGGCGUUUUCAAGGAUCACAAACCAGGCCAGGUCCCGGGCCAUGUCGAAGGGCGCUGGGCCCCUGAAGCCCCUUGUGGCAGCCUGCCAGCUGACCUCGACCCCCGACAAGGAGGGCAACUGGGUCGCUUGCUCCCAGCUCGUCCGGGAGGCAGCCCAGCGGGGCGCCGGCAUCGUCUUCCUUCCAGAAGCCUUUGACUACAUCGGAAGAAGCACCGAGGAGACGCUGAGCCUCGCAGAGCCUCUGGAGGGAGAGACGGUGCAGCGUUACGCCAGACUGGCCAGUGAAUGUGCAGUCUGGCUGUCCCUUGGAGGCUUCCACGAGAGGGGCAGCGACUGGGAAAGCACAGGGCGGAUCUACAACUGCCACCUCCUCUUGGACCCCAAAGGAGCGAUCGUGGCUGCCUACCGGAAGACUCACCUUUUUGACGUGGAGCUGGAGGGACGUGUGUCCCUGCAGGAAAGCGCUUUUACCAAUCCGGGCCCUGAGAUUGUGCCCCCCGUCAGCACCCCAGCGGGAAAGGUUGGCCUAGCCGUCUGCUACGACCUGCGCUUCCCAGAAAUGUCCCUUGCUCUGGCCCAGGCCGGGGCGGAGCUCCUGACCUACCCCUCCGCCUUCACGGUGCCAACAGGCUGUGCCCACUGGGAGGUGCUGCUGCGUGCGCGUGCCAUCGAGACGCAGAGCUACGUGGUGGCAGCGGCGCAGACGGGCAAGCACCACCAGCGCCGCAGCUCCUACGGCCACACCAUGGUGGUGGACCCGUGGGGGAGCAUCGUCGCCCAGUGCGGGGAAGGGCCGGGCCUGUGCUACGCCGAGAUCGACCUGGCCUACCUGCGCCGCGUCCGGCAGGAGAUGCCCGUCUGGGACCACCGGCGGACUGACCUCUAUGGCCAGGUGGCUGCUGCUCAGGGCCUCGGGGCACCCUGACUGGCCACCCGGCCACAUGGCGGCGCUGGGCUCCCGCUGGGCUGCCUCCAAGCAACGCGUGGGAAGGAUCGAGGAGGGUGGAAUCAACUUCCCACCUUGACUGGGAAGCCCAACAGGAGUAGGUGGAAAGGACAUGCACCCAGCCCUCCAGCUGCAUCACAAAGAGAAAUGGCUCAGCUCCCCCUAGAAGCGGGAAGCACCCAUCCGAGUCUCCUCCAGCCUCGGCUGAGCUUGCUCAGAGGUGCUUUACUGCAUCACUUUUCUACUAAAUAAAUGUCUGUCAUCACUG